CGUCAACUAAGUUUCUUCAUUAUUCACUUCAUAAUAUCAACUUCAUUCUAAACAAUUAGAAAGAACAAAUUAUACAUGUCUCCACAAACAUAAAGAAUAAUAGUUGUUUAAGGAAGAUAUAUUAUUUAGAAUAUUAAAUAUACCGGGAAAGUAAUUAUAUGUGUGUGGGCGGGUACCCAUGGGGCGGGUUUACCUAAACCCAAACCCAACACGACCCAGUGAAUAGUGUAGCGGGUUUAAAUCCAAACCCGACCCAAAACCCUUCAACACGGGUUUUACCCAUGUUGACCGGAUUGGAUCGGAUGGGUACCCGUGGGUUCGGGUUUUGUUGCCAUCCAUAGUUGGCAUUAUAAACCACAAUUGUAGUGGUAACUAGGGCCUUGUAAAAAAAAAUCGAGUUGAAGGUGCUGGAAAGGAAACAGAGGUAAGUUGGAGGACCGAAAUAGUAGUUUACUCGAAUUGAAAAAGGAACUGCCUGCGGACAGAAGAAAGGGAAUAUAAUUAGGGUUCUAUCAUUCUUCGUCUCUUUGCGAGAGUUCAGUGCAAGCAACGCAUAGCUAGCCUAGAAUGAAGGGCUCGUGCGGGUCCAAUGCCGAUAGGAUUAGCAACCUCCCUCGCGAUGUGAUGCAGCUCAUUCUCACAUUCUUACCUGUAAAAGAUGCAGCCAAAACAGCUACACUGUCAAAACAAUGGCGGGAGAAUUGGAGAGCGAAUACUCAACUCGUGUUCGAUCGCGAUUUCAGUCGGAUGUCCAAAAAAGAACUUUAUGCGUUGCAUUCGAGUAAGCCAUUAAUGUUGGAGAUUUUCAAAGCUCUACUGGUUCCUGAUGGACCCAUAACCAAGUUCGAGCUCAUAAUUCCCGGAUUAAAGCCAUCUCCUGACAUCAUGGAUCUCAUUGUGGUCUACCUCUCCAAGAAACACGUCCAGGAAUUCAUCUUGGCCUUUUCUCAUCACCUUGACGACGACGGUUACCCAGCAAUUGACGGCAAGGUUCCUCCUGCCCUGUUUUCUGCUCGCCAGCUCAACUAUUUGAAACUGCAUGGUUGUGAAUUUACAGCACCAUCUUGGUUUUUGGGUUUUAGUAACCUAACCUUUCUUGAGCUAACUCAUGUAAUUGUUUACCCCAAUUUUUACGGCGAUUUCCUUCCCAAAUGCCCGCUUAUCCAAAGUUUGAUGCUUUAUACUUGCGCCUCGGCUGCUGUGGAAUCCCAUUUCAAGGCUGAAUUAGUAGCUCCUUCUCUGAAAGUGUUUGAAUCCAAUGUAUGGAAUAUCUGCUUCAAGCAUACCCCACUUCUCUCAGUGGUAUCUAUAGGAAAUUAUUCUAGUGUAAAGCAUUGCGAACAUAGCAACUUUAACGAGUAUAAUCCGGAUAUGGUAGCUGCAUUUGCUUCUCUCCGUGCAAUCCAGAAGUUAAUUGUUGGUGCUGAGUUGCUGCAAUUCUUUGCCUCAGGGAAUGUCCCCUUCAUGCUUCCUACACUUCUUCAUCAACUGAAAGUCGUCCAACUUGAAAGCAUUGUGCUAUAUCGUUUGUCAGAAGCACGCGUGCUUGUUUGUUUAAUCACGAGCUCACCGAACUUGCAAAAUCUCAGCAUUUGGUCUAGCUCUGCCCCUGGCCUUCCGCAAACAGAGGCGAUUGACAGCCUACAGUUGUUGUUGGAAGCAGAUAACCAUUCUACUGCGAGUUGUUUCCAGUGCCUUGAAGAGUUGAGGUUAGAUGCAAUCCGGGGUAACAAGGUAGAGCUGGACCUGUUGAGGUUUGCACUAGCCACUGCCCCACUGCUUCGUAGGAUUUACAUCAAGCCGGCAAAAGAAUUAGACUCCAAAAAGGGUCACAAAUUCUUGAAGAACGUGACACAAUAUAAGCGUGCUUCUAAAGAGGCAGAGGUCAUAUAUAUUUCAGAUGACGAGGCUGACACUUUGUAGCUUCACUCUUCCUGCCGUUGGGACCAUCAUCUUCCAUGCAUCGCGGCUUCUGUAAGAUUUCAUGGUCCUAGUUACUCCUUUGUUCCUGUAAAUCAUGCAAGGAUGUUUGAUCUGUAUCUUUGUUUAGAUUUUGGAGAUGUGAUGGCUUUUGUUUCUUGUUCGGCCUUAACAUUUUGUUUGUUCUUACUUCUAACUGAACGCUAAUGCUCCAAGCUUAUUUGGAGAUAGAACUAUUGAGUUCUACUCAGUUGCAUAGAGAAAACUCAAAGUGGUCCGAAUGAAAGAUUUGGGAGUAGAUGAAUCAUGUAAAAUCAAUAGAUUAACAUAGAAUUG